CUCUGCAGGCAGAACCAUGUCAGCUCCUCCAAUGAUGUAAAGAAGGAUCCCUUUCGCUUUUAAUCCGAUUUUUUUCUGCCUCCUUGCAGCUGUGAACAUGCACACCGUUUCCAUCACUGCGCACAACGGCUUUUCGCCAACACUGAAUUGGACUUAUAGUGUGGAUUUGCUCCGUGUGGUUUUCGUCGCUGUCCGACAGAACUCAUGAAACCCUCUUCAGAGCGACGGGUUUAUGGACUCGCGUACAUUAGCUAAUGAUGUCUAUGGGUUUCAUGCCUGACAGUCUGAAUGCCUCAGAUCCCUCCAAAUCGGCCUUUCUAGAGUUCGGCCACGGACACCCGGCGCACCAGCAGCACUCCCCCGGACUCUCUCACAUUUAUCCAGUCCAUGGCUUGCAUGCCGCCGGCCAUUCCCAGCACGAAACUCCCUUCCCCGGCAGCUCGUCCUAUGGCCGCUCUCUGGGCUACGCCUACCCCGGCGCGGUGAACUCUCAUCCCCCGUCUGCGUACAUGCCUUACCACCAGCACAGCAAUCACAGCAACAGCAGCAGCCUGGCCCACAGCAGAUUAGAGCAGACAGAUCGAGAGAAGUCCACGGUGAUUGAGAACAGGGACAUUCGUCUAAAUGGCAAGGGGAAGAAGAUCCGGAAGCCCCGGACCAUCUACUCCAGUCUGCAGCUGCAGGCUCUGCACCAGCGCUUCCAGCAGACCCAGUACCUGGCCCUACCUGAGCGCGCCGACCUGGCGGCCAAACUGGGGCUCACCCAAACUCAGGUGAAAAUAUGGUUUCAGAACAAGCGCUCCAAAUACAAGAAGAUCAUGAAGCAUGGCAGCGGAUCAGAGGGGGAGCAUCUCCACAGCACCAGCUCCAUCUCCCCCUGCUCGCCCGGGAUGCCCCAGCUCUGGGAGGUAUCCAUGGCGAACAAGGGCGCGUCGAUGCACCCGAACAAUUACAUGAACAGUUUUGGUCACUGGUACCCAAACCACCAUGCCCAUCAUCAGGACGCGGUGCCCAGGCCUCAGAUGAUGUGAGUGGAUUAUUUUUGGGGCAUGCCACCGGUGCUCUGGCCUGUAAACGAGAAGCUGAACUCACUGGUCUCUCUCAAGGCCUCCUCUCAGAACAGGACUGUGUUUAAAUGUGUGUUUCUUAGACCUUCACUGUUUUCUUGUGCGUUUGGAAUCAUAAUUUCACUGCAAAAUUUUACCAGGCAUUAAAUGCUUCUUUUUUUUUUUCUUUUUUUUUUUUAUAGAUUUGUUAAAUGUCGCUGCAGGUUGGAUUGCACGGCCUCAUCUGUGUAAAAUGUGGAUUUGGUGUAAGAGACUGGUGAAAGAUAUCUCAUGUGCUUUAUUACUUACAGGCCAUAAAAUUUCAGCUGCAUGAUCCAAGAAAACGAGCGUUAUGCAAAUAAAUACCUGUUGACGUAA